CAUACAGAUUAUUAAUUUAUAAUCAUUGAUAAUUAUUCUGUAUCGUGUAGCUGAUUUAUAAUAGGUAUUAUGUCUAUUUACUACGUGCUGGCUGAUACACAAAAUAAAGAGAGAAAAUAAACAAACUUCUGUAACAUAAUUAUUGCUACGGUUUGGCCAUUAUAUAAUCAAUUAUUGGAAGCUGUGGAAUAAAACUGACCAAUCGAAACAAAUUGUUUGGGAAAAAAAAUGCACAGUCAACGAUGGAUGUUCACGUCGCCCGGCGGAGAAAAUGAAUACAAAAAGCCUUCGGUCACCCGAGAACAUUACGACGCGGUUGUGGAAGCGAAGAAGGAGCGCGAUGAAAACCCCAUCGAGACCGAAAGCGAGCGCAAGAGACGCGUGUUGGAGGAUUUCAUGUGGCAACAGAUGACCAAGAAGGCGUUGGACCAGAUCGAAAAGCAACAGCAGCGCGCCAACGAGACCAAAGCAUGUAGUACGUACGCAGAGUCCUUCGUCCUUCCAGGAUUUGAAGUUAAAGAACUGGGUUCCGAAAUCGACGAAGAACUUCAACAAAAAUAUCCGUUGUACACUGAUGUAGUCAAGUCGAUAUAUGUGAGAGAUGCUGAUACGAUUAAAGCAAAAACUCCUGUACGCAAAUCUCAUCGAAAAAUGUUCUGUAAAGACAGUCGUUUUACCAGUCGUUUGAGCAAUCCAAUGGAUAUUAAUACUCCAGUUGGACCUGGUCAUUUCGCAUACAUAUAAAAAAAAAAAUUAAUAUUAAAAUUGUACCUAUGCAUAUUAAUUAUAUAGGUAUACGUGUAGCGUGUUAUAGGCAUGAUGUAAUGUGAUAAUAUCAUAUAUAUGUAUUUGAGCAUAUAAGCGCAAUUUUGGUAGUCUAUAAUCCUCCACCCCCUUCCCACCUCCGAAAUAAAAAUAAUAUAUGUAU